UUAUAUACUUCGAGAGAUAUUACCGAACAGAAACAAGCAAAACACAAGUCAAGCUAAAACAUAAAAAGCAAGAUGCAAGCAAGAGUGAUAGCCCCGUCUUUCCUCGCGAAACUCAAGCCUUCAGCUCAAUACAAUCAUUUCUUCACCAGGCUGCUUUGCUCAUCCGGCGGCCGCACCGCCGACCCCGCCGUCCACUCCACCGACGAUCCCAUGGGCCCCACCUCCGCCAUCCACUCCCCAGAAGAAGCCUACAAAGACAUGGAAAACAAAGGUCAAAGAGACCCAACCCCGGUCAAAGAUAAAGACCCCUUUGUCACCUCCAAGGCGCCUAUCUCAUCAUCCCCGCAGCUCAAAACCAGCGUUUCCGAUCAACACGCGCAACCACCCACCACCCAGCAAAAGAGAAACAACUCAACACUCUCAGCACCUAGCUGUGAAGCGUUUGAUCCGUGGUCCGGAGAGAGCGAGGAGAAAAGGGACAGGAGAGAGAUGCGGAGAGAGCAAGAGGAGGAUGACAAGGAGUACUUUAGUCACCACAAGGCGUCCCCGCUGUCGGAGAUAGAGGUGGCUGAUACGAGGAAGCCGGUGACGCAAGCCACCGACGGGACUGCCGGCGGGAGUGAGAUAGGGUAUGAUGGUGCGGGUGGGGGUGUGAUUAUGUUCAGAGAGGAGCAGCGCGUGGGAGCGGAAGAGACGAUGAGGAGAGCUACUGAAAUGUGGCGGCAGACGGCGGCGAGAGGGGAUCCUUACUCGCCUCAUGGGAGGGUUCUGAGGAGUCUUCGUGGUGAGGACUGGUGAUCCAUGCAUAUUUUUAUAUGAUUUCGUACUUGUUUUGUAUAUUAGACUUUGUGUGUUUACAUGAAUCAUUCUCGCUGGUAGUGCUAAUUAUAAGUAGGGUUUGUCUGGCAUCGCACAUGUUAAGCACUAAAAUCUAUGAAUAUGAUGUUUUGCUUGAUGUUAUUAUUAUAAAUGCACAGUUUUAUCGUUAAUAAAGAAUGCAAGUCAAAUUUAUCAAA